UGUGCCAGUCUAGCGUACUUCCUUCCCAUCGUCUUCCACUUUACCAGACAUGUCAGACGCAAAGUAUUUUCAGAGAGGUAAAAUACAGGAACUUCGAGCAGAGCUCAAUUCCGACAAGCGAGAUCCAAAGCAUACCAAGAAGAAGACAGUGAUGAAGAAGAUUGUCGCCAAUAUGACUAUGGGAAACGACAUGUCGCCUCUCUUUCCCGAUAUUAUCAAUGUUAUGAACGUACCAAUACUCGAAAUUAAGAAAAUGGUCUACCUCUACCUCAUCAACUAUGCGAGAAGCAAGCCAGACAUGGCCAUGAUGGCCAUAGCCAUGUUCAUAAAGGACGUGGAAGACCCAAACCCUUUAAUUCGAGCCCUCGCCAUUAGAACCAUGGGAUAUAUUCAAGUUGAAAAGAUUAUCGACUGCCUAGUUGACCCUUUGAGUCACUGUUUAAGAGAUCAGGACCCUUAUGUCCGAAAGACGGCUGCCAUCUGCGUUGCGAAACUAUAUAUGUAUGAUAGAGGGCUUGUUGAAAGCGAACGGUUCAUCGAGAAGCUACGAGACCUCUUGAAUGACCCCAACCCCACGGUUGUGGCAAACGCAGUUGCUGCUCUCACAGAAAUAUCAGAGCGCUCAGAGGAUAUUCAAUUGAGUCUCAACUUCUCUGUCGCCAGCAAACUUGUCACCGCUCUAAAUGAAUGCUCAGAGUGGGGUCAAACAUAUAUCCUUGAGGCCCUCCUUUACUAUGUACCUCAAGAGCCUGGCAAUGCAGAGAUGCUGGCCGAGCGUAUCACUCCUCGAUUGCAACAUGCCAAUUCAGCCGUCGUGUUGACUGCAGUCAAGGUCAUCGUGUACCUCAUGAAUUACAUGGAAAAAGAAGAAGACAUCGCUAAUCUGUGCCGAAAACUGAGCCCGCCUCUGGUCACCUUACUUUCGGCUGGACCUGAAGUUCAAUAUGUCGCAUUGCGUAACAUACUUCUUAUCAUCCAGAAACGACCAGAUGUGCUCAAGAACGACAUGAAAGUCUUCUUCUGCAAGUACAACGACCCAAUUUACGUCAAGCUUGCUAAACUUGAGAUCAUGUUCUGUCUUGCCCAUGCUGGCAAUGUAGACCAGGUUCUCAGCGAACUGAAAGAGUAUGCUGCUGAGGUGGAUGUCGAUUUUGUUCGGAAAGCAGUGCGAUCCAUUGGACGACUCGCUGUUAAGAUUGAGAGCGGCGCUCAGAGAUGCAUUGCAGCUUUGAUCGAGUUGAUCGAGACUAAGGUUAACUAUGUUGUGCAGGAGGCUAUUGUUGUUAUCAAGGAUAUUUUCCGUAAAUAUCCAAAUCAAUACGAGAGUAUCAUUGGUACUCUUUGCGAAAACUUGGACAAUUUGGAUGAACCAGAAGCCAAGGCUGCCAUGGUUUGGAUCAUCGGACAAUACGCUGAUAGAAUUGAAAACGCUGAUGUUUUGCUUGACGACUUUUUGUAUACCUUCCUGGAGGAACCUGUUGAGGUUCAACUGGCGCUUUUGACGGCAACUGUCAAGCUGUUUAUUAAGCGACCCACUGCUGGCCAAGAGCUUGUUCCUAAAGUGCUCAAAUGGGCAACGGAAGAGGUUGAUAAUCCAGAUUUACGCGAUCGUGGUUACGUAUACUGGAGACUGCUUUCAACUGACCCUGCAGCGGCGAAGGCCGUUGUGUUGUCAGAGAAACCUCAAAUUUCAACAGAGACAGAUAACAUGGAACCCGCUUUGCUUGAUGAGCUAUUAUUACAUGUAGCCAGUCUUGCAUCCAUUUACCACAAGUCGCCCUCCACCUUCCUUAACAACUACAAACCAAGAUAUUUGAUGCCAAGCCCUGUCCUCCGUCGCACACGUCCCGCUACCUUCGAACCAUCUGUGACCUCUCCUACCGCCCACCACGAACAAGAACAAAAAGAAGCUGCUGCUGCAAACAGAUUGUCUUUCAAUGGCUAUGAUAUGUCUGGCUUCCAGACGGGAAAUCCCUACGCAACCGAUGUGGUUAGCCGUCCAGAGAUGCGACAAUCGCAAGUCACUGGUGGCGUGGACCUCCUGUUGGACCUGUAAUGUGACAAAACCAACCGAUGCCCUCCACCGCCGCCCCAUAUAUACCGCCUCGCUAAUAAGGUCCACGUAACUGGCGGGGGAGGAAUACCUCGGGUUUGAUAGCCAACUUAGAACUUGGAUACUUAAUUUUUUUUUUUCUGUGUGUGCAUUAUAU